CAGGGUCUUAAAAAUGUCUACUUGGCCACAUUUUGGUACAAAUGCUAUACACGUUGGACAGGACCCAGAACAAUGGAACUGUAAAGCAAUAGUACCGCCAAUAUUCACCUGCACCACUUAUAAACAAGAUGAACCAGGAAAACCACCUAUGCAUGAUUACAUUAGGGAUGGUAAUCCGACUAGAACUGCAUUAGAGAAGUCACUGGCAGCUUGUGAAGGAGCACAAUAUGCUCACACAUUCAGUUCUGGCAUGUCAGCAGUAUCAACAGUGAUGCAGGCUUUACUAAAAUCAGGAGACCACAUUGUAUCAGUUAAUGAUGUGUAUGGAGGAGUGAACAGGUUCCUUAGGAAAAUAGCCAGUAACUUCAAUAUCAGUGUCACACUGGUUGAUGCUACUGAUACUAGUAAUGUACUGAAUGCUAUUAAGGAUAAUACUAAGGUGAGAGAG